AUGGCCCGUAACAGACUUGUUUCACCCUCCCAGAGGAUUCGGAAUCGGCAUAAAUGUACCUGCGAACCUUUCUAUCAGUCUCCAACUAGAUCAGAAGAACCUCCCAGCUAUACUGAAUAUUGCGAAGAAGACGAAUUUACCGAUGCAGAAGACGCUAUUCAAGAACGCCAGGAUCAUGAAGACAAAGACGAUUUCGCGGACUCUGGCUGGGACGAGCAAGCGAUUCUAAUUGCUCUCUUGGACGACAGAGAGGACUCAGAGGAGGCUCCUAAAUUUGUUGAUGGCGUAGCUACCGUUGAUCGACUAUCGCCAGCAUUGCUUGCUCAUCGCCGACAAGUAAUAGGACAUUUCAGGAAGACCCUUGUUUCAGUUGUCACUCGAGUAGAACAGGUUCACAAAUCCCUUUCGCAUCACAAAAAUCCGACUAUACUCCGUGGAGUUGCCCUAUUUGACAAGAGCUCGAAAGCCCUCGAAGAUGCUGCAAGGCGUGAACACGAUCAAGUGGUUCGGACGUUUACUAGAGUGAAAGAAACGAUUGGAGAUUUGUCUCUUCAGCUCCAAGAUGUAUGCGCUGAGAGUGACAAACUUCUCGAUAGUUAUGAAAGGGCCGUCGACGAACAUGGUAUUCUAUCUUAG